UGCUGCAUGAGAUUCUGAUUUUUGUUUUUCCUUACAGAGUUCUGCUGCUCAGUGUAGCAAUGCUGUCACUCUACUCAGUCCACCUCUUACUGAAGACAUCAAAAGAAGGAGGCUCAUUAAUAUAUGAAAAACUGGGAGAAAAGGCAUUUGGAUGGCCUGGGAAGUGUAGUGUUUUCAUUUCAGUUACAAUGCAGAAUAUUGGAGCAAUGUCAAGCUACCUCUUUAUCAUUAAAUAUGAACUUCCUGAAGUGAUCAGAGCAUUUAUGAAGCUCGAGGAGAAUUCUGGAGAAUGGUACCUAAAUGGGAACUACCUUGUCAUACUUGUAACAGUUGUGAUUAUUCUUCCCCUUUCUCUUCUAAAAACAUUAGGUAAGGUUGAUGUCCCACUUAACCUCUUUUCCUAUUUCUAUUAGGACUAUGAAUUUAUAUGCAGCUGAAUCAUAUAUAUAUAU